AUAUCAAAGAGGAUAAAAUUCUUAGGAUGUGUACUAUUUCUAUAUAUUUUUUGUGUAAGAAUUAAAAAUUGUUUCAUUGGUCGAGUUUGUUUUGAAGUUUAACUAUAAUCUCUCAACGCGCUUCUAUUUCAAAUUAUCGAUUAUGUAUACGUAAAGUUGAAUGUAGACAGAAAAUAAAAGAUUUGCAUUAGCCCUUGAUCCAAUCCGAAAACUCCCCAGUUUUUCGCGAACCGACUAUAUCGUAGGUAAGUUUCCGCCCUCCGGGAGUUUUUAAAACUUCACUUAACUUCUGACGGCGACUUGAAAAGGGUAUGGAAGUAGCGCCGCGGCAUCGGAGUUUGCCCGUGGAAAAUUGAGAGGUCAAUUUCCAUUAGGUCCGAAUUAAAAUUGUAUUUCGAAACGAUGUCUGUUCGAAUGGAAAUAUCUUGUCGAGCCGAAGAAGGUUUCAAAAAAGGCAAAACAGCAUGAAGUGCACAAAAAUAAAACUAACCAGAAGAGACGAAAUAACCAAUAAAAAGCACAAAGAAGACGAAACCAUUUCAUGGACUACGACAGGAUAUCAUGGAUACUCCUAUAAACUGCCAGUGAAAUGCAGAGAACAUUUAACUCCCAGAAAAGAAACCGAGCCUCAACUAACCAUUACUACAAUGCUUUUUCCUGAAAAUAUUUAUUUCAAUACGGGUUCCUCUACGGAAAGAUGGUCCAAAAAAGCUCCAAGGCUAAUUUCCGCAAAACGUAGAAACUACACUCCCAGAAAAAACAUGUUAGACGACGAAUAUGAUUUACCCUAUGAUAUCAGUGAAUUUUUAGAUAAUACCGAUAAUAACAAACCAGAGAAUGUAAAUUUGGAUUUGAAUUUUGAUGAUGCUGAUUACGUUGCUGAAGAUAUAGAACAAUUAAUAAUAAAAUCGCAAAUAAUAAACGAAGAAAGUGACAAAAUGCCAUCGAAAACCAGAAAACGUGAUAAAGACACGGCCAAAAAAAAAAGAAACAAAUUUAAAAAGACAAUAAAGUUUUCAUUUUCAAAACCCGCCAGUCCGGAAACGGAACAAGUGAUCCGAAUCGACGUCACGUCAAAUAUAUCGUUCGACGAUGUUGAUCAUUUGAAGAACAAUAACAAUUUCUUAUUAUUGAAAAACGAUUGUAGUAAGGGCCAUGGAAAAUUAAUUAUCAACGAACAAAAAAAAUGUGAUAACAAUAAUAAUAAUAAUAUUAAUAAUAAUGAGAGAAUUGAAAAAGAAAUUAAUAACGAUGACGAUGGGGUUGAGGAGGAUUUCAUUGUUAAGUGUAGACAAUUAGCUCUGACUCAAAAAAAGCGAUAGGGGGUACAGGUUUUCAUAAAAUUUGAUAUUGAUUUUAUGUCAUGGCUUGUAUAUUUAUUAAAUUUAAGGAAAACAAUGAAAAGAUGGUUUGGCUUAAAUUAUAUUUAGAAUUUUAUUUAGGUACCUAAGUGAAAAUGUAGGUAGAUAUAGAAAAUAGGUUUAAGUACUCAAGUAAAUUGUAUUUGAAUCAUUGGUCCUGAUUUGUUUUAUUGUUCGAGAAUUAUUGUCACAAAUGAGAUAUCGUUGCUUUCAUAAGUUUUUGUGGUAGGUACCUAUUUCUAGGCAUGCGAUAUUUUUCAAUAAAAAUGUAAGGUUUUCUCAAAAUUCGCCUAAGAAUAACUAA